AUGAUUCGACGCCCACGUGAGACCCGGCUUGACCGGAUGACCUCGGAAAUAGGCCAGUUCCUUGCGCCACUGGUUAUCUUCCCAUGGGGACCCCUUGCAAUGAACUACUUGGGUGUUCCUAUUGUAGUUGCUAUGGUGGCCGUCCAUGAUGAGGACUAUGAGCUAGCAUGCCAGAAGUUAAAGGACUCGGGAUUUCAUGAAAUAACCCCCGACCGCACAAUUUCCCCCGAGAUAUUAGCCACACUCCCAGAUCCGGAACAGGCGAUUGAAGAGGUUGGGAGGGAGUAUCGUCGCUUGGAUAGAUCAACUAGGACGUUCGAAUAUCCAAUCAAACACCACCUCGCUGGGAGUCUACAGCUGACCUUGGCCCCAAACUCCUUCGCAAAUAUCCCCAUACCGGAUGUGAUUGUCGAUAUAAAACAGAAUAACGACUCGACCAAGGGCUUUGAUAUAUACGGGAAUAUAUGUCAUCCGCUUGAAGAGGCGUUAGUCGAAAGCUUCGUGAAGUGUGUUAUUGACGAUCAAAAUGAUGAGAAUGCCGAGUUUUCAGGGUGGGGAGACAGACUGAGCACCUGGGUGGCUACGAUGUGUGCAUACCUUGAGGUCAAUAACGAUAUUCUCGAUAGUUGCUCAGAUGAGCGAGCAGUGGAAUGGUUUAGUGUGACCUACGGUCGAAUACACGAGGAAAAGUUCGGCCCCUUGGAUAGACGCGUCUCAAAACGACUGGGUUCUGGAAGAGAAAUGCCGGUGGACAUGAGGGGAAACCCGUUGUCUAAUUAA